AUGGCGUGUCCAAAAAGCGUCGGAGCGCAACCAAGAUCGCGAGGUCAAAGCAUUGAUGCGGCAUUCCUGUUUAGUCGCAAACUAAGUUUGAAUUCCGAAAUGCAAAGUUUAACUCGUCCGGGUGUGUCUGGUGAGGAACUUUCUAAGCUUUUGAAGAGGCUUCGUCAAAAGUCCUGCGCGGCUGACUCGAACAGAAAGAGCUCUCCAAACGCUGAUGACAAGAGAGCUGUUUUCUCGAGGGAAAUUCGCGAUCGUCGCUCGUCACUAAGUCCCAGAUAUAACGGAUAUCAACUUGACAGUCGCAAAGUUGGCCAAUGGGAUGUGAAAGCUAGUGUGCCGAAGAGAUGGCUGAAAGAAUAUGAAAGAAAACAGGUAAGUUUUUUUCAAAAGAAAGGUGAUUGGACCGAAAUUAAAGACUUCGCGUUUCGAGGUAUCCAGUGUAACGGUAUCUAACAACAAGAUAAUGCAGAACUCAGUAGGAAGCCCGGGCAACAUCGUUACAAUAUAGACAGUGAUAUGCGUUCAUUUUUGUUGUAACAGUCCCAAAAGUGUCCAUAUUUGCUGGGUGUAAUAAGAAUUUUGAAUUCCUUAUGUUAUUAUUUUAUUUUUUAUUAUGUUAUAUUUUAUUUUUCUCCGUUGACUACAAUGCAAAGGUUAUUUACUGGCAAACGAAAACGCCAUUAACAGCUAGAAGAUAAUGAAUACCUUUUACAGGCCAAAGAUAACAGCCUAACAUUUUAAGCCUAUGUUCUUUUUAAUCGCAUUCGUUUAUAAGUAAUUAUUCCGUUGAGAUUCUGUCAAUUAAGUUCGCGUGACUUACUGGCGUUUUUACCUAAUAUUCUUCAUGGGUAUCUGAGUAAUAUUUGCACUACUGUAGAGAGUUAACUGUUUCUUAAAACACCUUCAAAGAGUAACAAUGUGGCGAUGUUUGCGCAAUGAUAAUCGGCCGAUAUAGUCGACCACGAUCAAUCUGGCACGUUUUAGUCGUGAUGUAAAUGUACCCGAUUUGAAUACAUUUUUUUGCGGUCAGGUUGCGAGCAAAAAGGAUGGGUUUGUAAGAUUCUUGAAAUAAUUGUUUCGCAUGGUUGUAUGAUUUAAAUGAUGGGAAAAAAAAAGGAAUGCAAAGGAUGAAAAAAGUACACCGUGGAAGAUUUAAAACCCAUCGUCAAUCCCGAUACUUUUUCCUUUAAAUUUUGAUCUGUGGUAAAACGAGUGAGAGAAGAUAUAAUUUUUAUAUUCUCAACACAAAAUUCAAUGGAGUCGCGCGUCACUGUCUCGCCUACGGGGGCUCGCUGAAUGCUUAAUGACCCCUUAUAUACUUAAGGUCAUUUAAUAACGUCACACGACUUUUUUUUCUUAGCAAAGCAUAUAUGACUAGUUAGCAUACCUAGCUGAAUUACUGUUCGUAAAAAAUGUAAAACUCGUCUUUAUAAUAUAAGUUAAAGAGACCCCGCUUUGACGUUCCACGAGAGCUGGGGUUUAUGGGCUCGUGGUUCUUUAUUUAUAGUACGAUCUUUAUAUUAAAUAAACAAAGAAAAGUUGAGUAUUAAAUCAUCAUUACAAAUCUCCUAACGAGUUUAAGAAUGGAAGAAAGAGAGUGUAAACAUAUUGAGCCAAUCAAUGUUGAUACUGGCGGUAAAAUCCCUAAUUCUUGGCGCCACAGAAACUGCCAGCACGUAUUGACGUGGCGCUUUAUUUUAAUCGAGCCCGACCGGACAAAAUUUUCUGCUGGUUCCUCUUCAAAUUCAAACAUUUUAGAAUAAAAGAGUGAAGGUCGAAGAGGGAAAUUUAUUUCUCAAUGUUACGGCUUGCGAUUGGCUGACAAAUCUGUUACACUUUUCCGACCAAUCGGAACUGAGUGCCAAUUGUGAUUUUUCCCGCGCUGACUUAGUGCGAGGUGUUCAGGUUCAAAGAUAAAACUUUUAUUCCCAGAGUAUUAGCUGGUAUUAGGAAACCAUCUAACUUUUGAUUUUUCUCUACGAAAUCCUCUGACGUGACUAUGCAAACGACAAAUAUCGUCUUCCUCGAAUUCUUUGGUUCAAUUGGCAGUAUCAUGAAGUUAUAAAUUUGGUACUCUUCUUAACUGACCUCACUGAGUCUGUUUCUUCUCUCGGCUAGUAACGGCCAUUUCUAACUUGACUACUUUUCUGUUUAAUACCUAAAAGAUUGUGGUUUGAACCAUUUUAAUCCCAAACUUGGUCAUUAAUGUACUCUCAGUACCUCCUUAAGCUUGAUGAACUGAUCAGUGUCUUUGGCUCUUUUUAUCAUAGGCGGACCGUCGUAAAGAAAGACAAAAGAAACUUAAGGUUUGUAACUUAAUUUUUACGUAACAGUGGUACAGUACAGUGCUGGACGCACAGAAAAGGAACUGGGAAUUACUUAAACAGUGCAUAGGUCUUUUAAUCGGAAUUUCAGGGAGUUAUUCGGUAAGGCUUAAACUGCGGACUGCCAUUGAGAACGUUCUCAAGACGCCUGCACGCGAAAUAACCGUUAAAAGUCACCACGAUUCAGUUCAAACCCGUCAUUGCCGAAUCACGGCAAGUAAAUUUUCCUAGGGUCGAAUUAAGAGGCAACAUCCAAGUUCAAAAAGAGAAAUGGAAAAACUUUUCCUUAAAUCGCAAUGCAAAGUGCAGAGAUCUUUUGCUUUAAGGGGGAAGUCUGGUUUACAGCAUUAUUUUUCGUUGAUUUCCACCCUUUUUCUUAAAUAUGUAGCCAAGAUUUCAUUCAAUCAAAAAAUGACUCAAUUAAGUAACAGUCUUUAGUUCAAUAAUUAUUCAGGAAGUUUUGGAUGAUUUUUCGAAGGUUUAUAAUGUGUAAAAUUUAGGGGGAGGGAGAUGUUUGAAAUUUGGGGAAAAAUGGAAAAUAUUGGAAAAGGGGUUGUUAAAAAUUGAGAUAUGAAGUGAAUAAUUAGUAGACAAUUGCCAGAUAGUUCACCACCCCAGCAAGGUGCUUCUGAUCCCAUUAGCGGACUAACUGGUUUAUUUGUAUACCUGUUCCACCCCGUGAUAUAUUCCUUCCCAAAUCAACAUCAUUUCCCCCAAAUUUUAACCAGUCUCCCCCCUUAAAGGAAACUUGUCUUUAAGGAGAGGGGCUGUCUCAUAGGACACUCUUACGCUAAAGAGUCAGCUGGGGGCUUCUUAAGCUACACUUUAAGUGCAAGACCAUCACCAUGUAACAAUGAUGUAUGAUGUUAGAAAACAUUAGGGAAGAGUUUAUCAACAACAUCACCAUAAUUGGGUUGGUAAUCUUUAUAAUUAGAGUGAGCUUUUUUCUUGUUUGUUUACUUUUUUUUUCUUAGCCUCUGGAUCGAUUUAGGCGCGCUGUAAAGCUAGUAAGUACAAAUAUAUUUCCUUCUUGCAACUGAGUAACAAUAAUUUGUGUGCUGUAAAUAAAAACAGAAAAAAUUGCUCAGACCAAUCACAAUUCACAAUUAUGGAUCCAUACAACUCAAUGAACCAAUCAGAGAGCCUAUUAAGAGCCCAGUUAUUUGGGUCCGCACAGGAAGGCUGGGCGUCGCGUGAAGCCUGGCGACUCGAAUAAAGGCUGCGUACAAGACUACCAACCAGAAAGCAAAGCAAGUACCUCUGUGCCCUGCGUCUAGUGAAGCCAGGGAAGGAGGAAAAAGACAGCGAGCGAAAUCGAAAUCAAAAUCAAAAUCAAAAUUAUUACUUUGGCUUUUUAUUCCGCGCAAAAGUAAAACAAAUAUUAUCAGUUCCGUGAGCCCAUGUCGGUUCUUAUAUUAAGCUACGUGCAAACGGACGCGUGAGAAACAAUGUUGGGAGUUGUUGCGUCUGUGUUGGCGAUGGUGUGCAAACGGAUACAAAAGCUCCUAUCAAUGUUGGGACCUAUAGUGCAUCGUGCGAAGGAUACAACCUAUAAGACUUUGCAAACCAUGUGUAAUGCGCGCGCAUUGCCCCAACACAAUCUUGGAGCCCAGAACAAGCUACCAGGACCAUGACUAUUCAAUGAUUUUUCCAUGACAACAAUACUACUUAAUCUGUAGUUUUUCCUGUUAACCUUUUUGUCAAAAUUUUUUUGAAAAUUGUUCAAGAACCGUAGACCUACGGCUUCGUCCGACCUCACUGACGAAGAAUAUAAAUGGUCAAAAAUGGAAUAAAUAUCCUUGAUAUUAGCUGCGUGUCUUUACGUGUUACAGCAACACAAAUUUCGUGUCUUUACGUGUUACAGCAACACAAAUUUCUAAUCAAUCAGCAUGUAAGGCUUUUCGCGUUUUCUAACUUAUUCAACAUGACCUAGAUUCCCGAUCAUGAACUUAUCAACCCUUUAAGCCUCAAGAUCCACAUACCAAUUCUCUUGAUCUCCAUACAUUUCUUUUACGAAUAGUUGAAAAAAUUUGGUUUAAGAUCAAAGCGAUGUCCCUUUGGUAAUCAAUUUAGUAAUUCUCAUAACCUUUAGUCUUGAUGAUCUGCUGAUGUUGUUGGGAGAAAAUUGAUGCUAGUCACUCUUGGGACCUAGAGGGUUAAAUCUUAUGACUCGUACAAUUAUAUUUCAGAUACAGACUUGCAAGAAAGCCUUUCGAUGCAUUGUGCAUUACGCAAUGGAGAAAGGUCAACAUGAGCAAGUCCAAUCUGACGUCACUGUGAGUCUAAAGACUGCUACUGCAAAGGGUGCUGUGGAGAAUUUAAUGUUUGAUCCGGAACAUUACAAAUGCCACCAUGAGGUAUUACUUACUCGGGCUUUCUUGUUAGAUAGCCUUGCUUGCAGCAUUAUUACUCUGGCUUAUUUCUCUGCGCAAAAGUAAAACAAAUAAAAUCAGUUCCAGGAGCCCACGUCAGUUCCAGGAGCUCAGUGCUAUCCUUAUAGUGGGAAAAAAUGUGAAAUUUAAGAAAAGCAAUUACGAUUUUGUUUUUUCUUGUCCUGGCCCGGGUUGUUCAAAAGAUGGAUAGCGCUAUCCAUCAGGCCCCGGUUGUUUAAACGUUGGAUAGCGCUAUCCACCGGAUAAAUCACUAUCCAGCGGAUAAGUAUUAGGGAAACCAAUUGCGUUAUCCACUGGAUAGAUUUUUAACCGGUGGAUAGCGCUAUCCAAUGUUCGAACAACCCGGGCCAGAUAAAUCGCUAUCCAGUGGAUAAAUAUUUGGGAAACCAAUUGCGCUAUCCACUGGAUAAAGAUUUAUCCGGUGGAUAACGUUAUCCACCUUUUGAACAACCGCGACCUUGAAAUUAAUGACAUGAUGCAAAAGUAUUGUCCAAAAGGUUUUAUUUGAAUGGUUACACCAUAGAAUUUUGUUAUGAGAUUCUGAAGUUAAAAUGGCCUUAAACAUCGAUCUAGCCUCUACACAGACUUUUUUUAUUUUUCUUUCGGUUUUUUCAAUCAUGUUUUUUCGAAAAGAUCGGUGAGCGCGCGAGAGCAAGCUCUGAACGCGAGAAUUAACAAUUAUUCCUCGAGCCCGAAUGGGCUCUGAGUCAAUAGCCCCAUAAGGCCGAAGUCCGAAUGGGCUAUUGACUCAGAGGCCAUGAGGGCGAGAGGAAUAAUUGUUUUAGUAAAAUCCAACUAUUUGGUCAAAAAUAUCGAGAAUAAAAAACUUUUAGCUGUUUAAUCCUUUUUUGCCGCCAAAAAGCCCGCGCUUUUCGCUACUAGUGGGCUAUAACAUAUAGCCUAGAAGUAGCUCAACCAAUCAGAACGCAGCAUUGAUAAUAAACCACUAGUUGGAUUUUACUAAGUAUCUUUAGCUAGCCCGUAGGUUUUUUCAGUAACAAUAUACUCCUUUUCAUUUUUAUCCUUUCAAUUUGACCUCCUUUUGAACUAUAGUUUGUGAUGCCACUAUGGGCCAAAGAAAUUGCCAGCAAGGAACCCUCGUCCAGAACACCGCAAGAAACUCACUCAAUUAUGCAACUCAUGAAGCAGCUGAAAGGAUUUCGCCGAUACAGUUCUAAAAUACAGGAAGCAGUUUGUAAAGCGCUUAAAUAUGACUGGUAAGACUCACCGAAUAUUAACUAGGGUCUGGAGAGCGUGUCCUGAUCUCGCAAUCCCUCUCAAUUUGCACGAGAAUCCCGUGACGAUCCCGAACUUCUGUCAUCGCUAUCCCGAAUUUCAUUUUCUUUCCCAAUCCCGCAUCCGUGGCCAAAUUUUGGCGAAUCCUUCCUUACCAUAACAGUCAAAUCCCGUUAACGUUACCCGAAUCCGGCACUAUAUUGUGGUCAAAUCCCGGAUCACUGAAAAACCUCUCCCGUCCCUGCUUGGCCAUUCUGCGGUUUUGCCAUGGAAUGCGUCGGUGUUGUCUCGAAUGGCACUAUGGAACUGUUUUGGGGGAAGGAACUCGACCCAGGGGCCCUUUUCUCGAACGUCCCGGACUAAUUUACGGGGCCAAAAUCAAAUAUUCGAAUCAAAAUCUAAAGAAAAAGAGAGCAGGCCCUGGCUGAAAACUCGAGACAACAGAACAGACCCGUAAAUUACCGGGACAUUCCGGAAACGGGCCCCAUUUUCGCGCCAACCUCGUAAUAGCUAAUAGAAGAGCAAUCUCGUGCCCAGAGCCUACGUUACUUUUGUCCAGCGGAUAGGGCAACGGACGCUCUUGUUUUUUACAAGCCAAUCAGAGGUGGCCUAAUUUGCAUUCUUCCAGAGGUUAAUUAGUGAGAUCCCCGUUGUUGUACAAAAGGAUCGCGGCCUCUGGGAACGAGAUUGAUAGAAGAGGCGAUAGUGUCCCCCAAACAUUCCCAUAAUGCAGUUCGACAUAACAGAUGGCGUUUCACCUCUUUGAUUGGUUUGAUUUUUUCUUUACAGUUUUGGUAGGCGGAGAGUGGUAAUUCGAAAAGGUCACGUGGCCCAGCGUUUUUACUUCAUUUUCAGUGGUUCGGUUUGUGUUACUGCGGAUGAUGACCAGCACAGUGCCUUUGCCAAACCUACGGACAAUGCUGUGCUCAAGAGAGGGGACUAUUUUGGGGUAUGUGUGUGAUCAAUUAAGCUCACUCUGAACAUAAAGGCGUUGUUGGGGAGGAAGGGGAGGGGAAAGGGAGGGGGAAUGCUCGUAGGUGCAAAGACCGAUCCUUGCUUCACAGCUUCAUAGGACAAGGGAAAACUUCUCAGGAAGGAUUGACGUUAUAGACCACAAGUGGUCUUCCUUCUUUCCUCAAGCCCUCGCGCGUCGAGUGAAAAAGUAGAAUGAUGCGGUUUAAUGGUAAAAAGGAGGGGAGAUCGAGAUAUUUUUUCGUCACUCAGUCUUCCGCCUUCAAAUCUCGCCGCUUCGCUGCUUUCCUCUCACGCGUGCUCUCGAUCUACUUUGACUCAAGGAAACAGUAAGAGACUGCUCGCAGUCUAGAUUGCCUGCUCCUCGAGCUUUUCGGGCAAGUCAGCCACAGGCACGUAUGUUUUAGUACCAUUGCUAGCAUUAAAGCGCAAUCUGUCCCGGUCAAUGGCAAUUUCUUCUCCGUGUUUUUAUCGCUGACGUUUAAUGCGCUAAAAGAUGUUUUUAGAGUAGUUGAAACGCUUCUCUUGUCUUCCAUUGGAUCGCUCUGUAUGUACUAGUCUGCUACACAGCCGUUUUUAGUGUCGUCACGCAACGAGCGUUGCGUGACGACACUAAAAACGGCUGUGUAGCAGACUAUGUAUGCACUGGCUCAACUUAGUCUACAAAUGGCCUGUCUUCUGUACCCUCAGCCAGCUCAGAGGACAAUGCUAUAUCUGAUUAUUGUUUUCCCGAAUCAUUAACGCUAUAUAGCUGACACUGAAUAAAAUCUACUUUUGCGUUUCAGGAACUAGCGUUUAUAAGAGGCAUACAAAGAUCCGCAACUGUGGUUUGUUUAGAAAGAACUGAACUGUUAUCGGUGGAAAAACAAGACUUCUUCUCCGCCAAGAUUGACCAAUGUUUUAACGCUGACAUGCAAAGACGGGUGGAGUAUCUCAAGUAAGAAAAAACUGAGUUCGUUGGUAGACUGUUUGCUAUCCGACGUUUCUCCUAGAUCCGUCGAGUUCUUGGACAGUGAGCGCGUGGGGCCAAAAAGCCCUCGUUUCUCGAGGCUCACGGCUUCGCGCUUCUCCCUCCCACGUGCUACCCGAGGAACUUUGAAGAAAAUAAGAGAUUCCUCUCAGUAUACUUUCUUAGCGCGAGAAGUUUCAUCACGAUCUGAGAUUUUUGUCUGUUAUCCAAGCUUCCUAUCCUUAUUUCUGAAGAGAAUGUUGCAGUUUUUUCUUUUUAUUAGCAGCUUAUAAGUAGAUCGACUUUAAAAAACCCUUUUUUCCGCCAGAGAACAUCAGGUGUUCAGCACAUGGCCUGAUGACGUGGUGAAGAAAGUUGCCGAGGAGAGCAGAUUGCAGGACUACAACAGCGAUGAAGUCAUCGUUCGCGAUUCUUCGGAUCUGCACUGGAUUAUUUUUAUUACGAAGGUAAAUUUUACCCCUGUGAGUGCUUACAUUUGCAUUUGCUUUCAAAAAUCGGAAGAAUGUAGGAGAACGUCAUCUCAAGCGGCUCAUAAAAAGGGGAAGAACAAAUGAGGUUAUUUCCGCCCCACAAAUAGAGCAGACUAAGUAGGAGCAUUUCAACUUGAUACUACUGCCAGGUUUUAACAAAAGUUUGUACCAUUGUAUAAUUGUUAUUGCUAUAUACUUGGAAAUUUUUCCCAACAGCGCGCGCUCUCAUCGGUUACUUCGAGGUCACGUGACAUCUAACAAUGAAACUGUUUCCCGACAAAAUCUCAGAUCGGGCAACAUUGCAAAAUAUUUUUGACGUCAGGGGGUAGCAAUGCACUGUUACCCGCGAAUGUCGACCGACGAUCGUCGUUACAGCGAGGUUUAAUGAAGUUCCAGCUUCAAAAUUCCCUGCUAUAUAACAAAUCACUUAAAGACUGAUCCCUCGGGAAACAGUUAAUUUUGUUUUUCUCGAAUCUCAAUGUUUCCCGGGAAAAAAAAUUCAGUUUUUCCGGAUGGACCAGUCAUUAAGUGUUUAUUAUUUUCCAUUUAAUUGAAAAAAAAAAGAUGCAUUGCUCUGUAACGAUGCUUUUCCUCGUGCAUAAUUUUUAUAAUUUUUAUUCAAUGAUGAUGUUUUUUUUUUAACAAAAAUGUGUUCUUAUUUUUUUUCUUGUGAAGGGUCAAUGCGAUGUCUUGAGGCUGUUAGACCUUGGUAAUUGCAAGGAUUACAUAGAACACGCCGCAAAAUACAGGAUGGAUAAAAUAAAAGACGACACUCCAGCAACUUACAGACCCAAAGCAGAUGAUAUAUCAUUAAGCUCAAUUGUAUUACAAAGGUUUACGCCCGGAAGUACGAGCCUUGAAUAUGACCUGGCAACAGCUUCGACUAAAAAGAAGUCCGCUUCGAGUGUAGACGCACAAGCCGAAUCCCGGCAAGUAAGCUCAGCGGAGAAGUCGGCGGAAAAAGCCUCGGUCAAAGGAAUCUUACACUCGGAAAAAUCGAAGGGAAAGUUACGGAAAGGGCAUGUGAGUUUCCGUGUUGAAGGUCAACAGGACUUUAAUAACAAAAAGGAGCAGAGUGCGUCUUCAGAACCUCUUCGAGUUCCUGAUUUCACAGAUAAGGAGAAAGAGAUGGGAGUGGAUAAAGGCCUUGUUGAUGAGCGAGUGGAUGGCAAUGUUGGUGUGGGAGUAUAUAUGAUGGUAGACCGACUCAGACCUGGACAAGUGUUUGUAAGUAUUGCCUAGCGUUGUGCAACAUUGUUGUGACAUUGGCUUGAACUGUCACGACAUUGUUUCAAUUUUGUCGCCCGAAAAAUCGUUGUCGCGAAUCGUCUCGUGUAACAUUACCUUAUAAAGCAAUCCAUUAAAGAUUACGUCCUACGUUUUCCUUUUUUCUCUUGUAGGGUUCGUGGUGUUUAUUAGAUCAAGAUGAUGCAUGUACUUUUCCUAUUCCUCCGUUACAAAACGUCAGAGGUAACCAUUAUCAGCUUAAAAAUGACAGCAGCAACAAGCUACUCAACAAAAAGAAAAAACCGAGAGAAAGACGAUUUAUCCUGGUCAGCGGAGGCUGCGAGGUCAUCAAAGUAACAAAAGACUUUUUUCACAAGUAUUCCGACGAGGCAACUAUUGAAAAGCUGAGAGAACUAACAACUACGUAUCCUCGCGAUAGUACCCUCUGUAGAUCCUACCUACAACAGAGCGACUGGCGGACUUACAGAGAGGAAAUUGUGGAUAAUGUUGUCGUUAGACACAUGGCGCGCUUAGAGACGGCCAAAGGAUCGGCACGGUCGCAUAACGUUAGAUCCUCCCCAGUUCCCUCGCCGCUGUGCUCGAUGAAGAUGUGGCCCUCGGUGAAAUCCAAAUGGGAGUAUUUUCCAGAUACGGGAUGGGUAAUGGGUCACGUGACACGACCAGUGGUUGAGGGUAAGCAUCAUAUUCUACAUUUUCCUAAGUUCCAAGGCCCAAAGCCUAGUUCAAAGUGUAUUAAGGGUGGGAGGACUGUGCAAAAACUAACAGGAAAAAAAGGAAGGAAAACUGAGAUUGUGGGGGUUGGGUUGAUUGAGACGUAUUAUGAACGAACUAAGGUUACUUCAAUUUUAAGAGGGAAUGGUAACCUGUAAAGAAUACAAGAGUUGACGUAUGAUCAAACCAGGCCAAGGAGCGAAUUUUCCAAAAACGCAAUAUAUUAUCCACCGAGACAAAACGCAAUAUUUUCAGUUGAAACUCACAUAUUGGAUUGAUUUAGCAACAGAACGGCUACGUCAGCUGACGACAGGAAAGCGCGCGGAAACGACUGAACGCCACUUCCAGUGCUCAAUUUGCCAUUGGUCAAGAUCAAGAGAGUUGUCAAGAUGUCGUUUUGAUCUGCGCGCGCCGUCGUCGCCGCCGUGUCAUUUUUUUGCUAAAUCUGCCUACUGUUUAAUAAAAAGGUUGUGAUACUGCUAAAUUAAAUUUCAGCUCGCUAAUCUUCCACCCAAACUUCACUCUGUCUUACGCUGAAAAGUGAGAUCUCCAUUCCCCUUGGCCCAUGGGAGAUCUUGGCACGAGACUACAGCGAGUAAGAUUGUACAAAAAAUCAUUUACUCUUCUCUUUGUUCAACUCGAAAUAUCUACCGUUUUCAAUUUUUCAGCCGGAACCUCACGAGCAAGUUCUGCCACUAAAAGGGAUCAUUCGGAUGGCUCAUCAGCCAAGCAAAGUAUUCCAACACCAAGAAGAUGUUCUGCUCCACCGUUUAGGAAAUCCCGUGGGUCUUCAGGGACAAAUCGAAGGUUUUCCGGAACGACUCGCGCGUCUUCGGGAACUUCUCUUAGGUCUUCUUUGAAUCCUCGUGUGUCUUCGGGUCCACCUCGCCUUUCAUCUGCCGGGGUGCACCGCGGGAGUCCCGUCUCUUUCAGCUCAUCCACCACAAUGUCAGCUGAGAAACUCUUGCCUUUAGUGACAAACGAUCUGGUCUUAGCACAAGGAAGUCAAAGAACGCUGGUUUUAACCCAGGGAGGAAGUAGGUGUAAUGAUUAUCAACUUCAAAUCGAGAGAAACAUUAUUAAUAAGUACGACCUGAAAAAGGCUUUUACACAAUCAGGCAAAGUGACAUAAUGCGCUGACCAAGUUUGGUGCAUUGAAUGUUUAAUGUUUUUUUUUAUACGUCAUAUAUUAUCUAAAGAUAUGCAUUAUUUAUAUAUAUCUUUUUUAUCUAAUAAUAAGAUGACAAGAACGAAGUUAAUGUUGUCAGGUGUAAAUAAAAGAAAUAAAAAGUCGAAAUAAAAGAUGAUGCAGUUGUAAUUCUUGCGAGUGCAACGUAACCUAAGAAGUUAAGUACUGAUUUAACCUAAGAAAGGCUUAACCUUUAAAGUGGCCAACCUCCGAAACACUUGUGUCAGAACGCACAUUUUUUAAGAACUUCUUUUACGGAAUUAAUUAGAUUGUUUGAAAAAAAAUCCCUGCCAUGAAGUAUUCGUUAUUUCAAAAGCAUCGACCUUUUCAUUUGAGAGACAAAACGUGAUAUUAAUUUCGUCUGUCACAAUAGUAAAACUUUUCAGCAGAAAGGAUAAAGGUUUAAUCAACUACUUGAGUUAAUUAUAAAUUAAAGUGUUCGUAGGUAGUGAGUGAAAAACACAAAACCAUUGUUUCGUUCUAAGUGCACUGAAAUGGAAUUUCUGAUUCAAAAGUAUAGUGCUGUGAAUUUUUUUUCAGUUAAGCUUUUUGACUUUUUAAAAGGAAGAGAACAAGAUCUUGAUGAGGCCUAGUGGCUGAAAAGUACAACAUCUUUUACCCUUAAUUUCUGGACUGGGAGAGAUGUGCUCGUAUAGAAACUCACCUCGUCUAAGGAUUCUUGUAUUUUUUCCACUUGUUUUGAAGUUAUUUUCUGGAGCAAGUGGAUCACCGCUCUUGGCAGAUUACUAUCGAGGUAUAGUUCCGUAAAAGACAUUGUAAAUUCGGGAAAUCCCUUAAUCAAAGUUAGCAAACUUUUAUAUCAAAAGGAGUUAAUCAAGUAAGAAGCAAAUAAUAGAGAUUUAUUUCAGAAAUUGCUUUAUCUUCAUCCGUCAAGCUCUGAAGCUGAAGUUUUUCUUUUAGCGAAAAAAGAAAGAAAAACAAAAAAAGAUUCACCCACCCAUACGGUAUAUAUUUUCUCUCAUUUAUCAACUUACUUAUUUUCUGGUCUGAAUGCACUGGCCCCCGGCGAAAUUUGUACCUUGGAAAUCGGUAGAAAAUCAUAAUUUGAUGGAAAGGUAUGGACUUGGAAUGGCAAAACCUCGAUUAAAGAGAUCAGAAAGAGAGUCUUUGUCAGUAGAAAAUGUGGUAGCUAACCCUCACAUGUAGGGAUAAGAAACAAGGAAAUUUUAGUACUGACUGAAAAUGGUGAAUCUUGUGCGCAAAGAUUAGACGACAUUUGCCGGAGCUAAAACAAUUAAUUGAGGACAUAUCAUAGCUACGUUUUGUGACAGUUAAAGAGCAUAGUGAUAGCUUGCACAUUCUAUCAGGUCAAUGUUUUAAUCAAAUUCACGAAGUUAUAUCUUUACAUACUAUUUAAUUGUUUCAGCUUUAUGUGAAUGCUCGAUUUCGAUAUGUUACUAGUCAUUUUAGGGAAAAUAUUACGAAUGCCACACCCAGAAAUAAUAAUAAAAAAAAAGACAGGUGAAAAUCACGUAUAAUCUACACUCAGAUAAUAAAACGCAGAUGAAAAGAAAUUAUUUAAACGCGGUUUGGAUCUGUUUUCAAGCUGUGAUAUAAUCCGUUUAUCUGUGUUGAUUGAUUUCUUAGUUUCCUCACUUUUCUUGUAAAGGCGCAAAUUGAACUGUUGAAUGAUGCCAUAGCCUGUUCCAGGCGUUCAGAUAGUGGGGAGCGGCGCGAAGUAAAAAGGAGCGCGAAAAAAAUAAAAGCGAGGGAGGAGGAGAGGUAACAACUUAUGCAGAAUUCGCACGUGGAUUACAAACCGACAUUUUAUGAUGUUGAUAUUUUUGCAAUUUAGUCCUAGCCAUCACUAAAUCUUAUCAGCAAUGUUCAUUUCAAAAAGAUCCAAUCACUAGCUUGAAUCGAAGCUUGAAAAAUCGAAAGCCGAAUGAAAUAAUGACUGUGUAUUACACCCUGGUCACAGACAGGAAGACUCUUUUCCUAAUGAAAAAAACCCGAACUAUACGCCUGACAUACAACCCUUACAAGAUUUACAGGGUUGUCGAUGAAAUUUAUGUCAUUGCGCGUUUACGUUUUAUGGUCAUUAGCUGGAAAAUCACAUGGCACUAUUUCUAAACUAUCCAGAAGCAGUGCUAAGGUCAAAGAACGCUUAGUUUUUCGUGUUUGCAUGAACUGACAACGUUUUUUUGCUUCUAGAUAUGAUUGGUUCAUUUAAAUGUUUUGCUCGUACUGUGAUUGGCCAAGGGUGAUUCAACGACACUCGCCUGAAGUUCUCAAUUCACGCCAAACAAUUUGUUAUACUAACACAACCAGAUACUCUUAUAAAAGUUGAUGACUAUUAUCCUUUGCCUAAAACUUUCCGCCAUUGAAAUAUGUGUAGCUAGUGUGCUAGGCGUUUCCCUGAACUUUGCGAGUGGGAGGCAAAAAGGAUAGAUAGGAUUUUCACUCUAUCGAUAUUUAUAAUUUAUCCUAAAAGAGAUCACUUUUGUUUGAAGACACAACUCUCGGGUGGCCAUAGUUAAUAAACUAUUGUAUGCAUCAUUUCACUCUCAGCAGUUGAUCAUGUGUUUUAAUAUUGGCGAACUUUGAAGCCCAGCUCCUACAAUCAGAGGAAAAACAAACUCUGACAGUGGUCUUAUCAAUCAAUUGGCAGAACCUGUAUGUGUAAAAAACAAAAAUGUAAUUCUCACAAACACCCGCGCGUCAUGCCAAAUCAUAGUUGAACAGUUAUGUAAUGCAGAAAAAAGGGAAGGUUAUAAGUCAUAACAUUCUGGUCGAUGAACGCUUAUUUCAACCCUUAUUUGGACGAUGAAUGUAUUUUCAAAAAAAUUAUGCUUUUUAUGAAAUACCUACAAGUUUUCUUCGUCGAACUUAAGUUACUGCAUGUGUUUUUCUUCGUUUUUUGCGUUUUUUCACCAACCACUUUUCUUGUGUUGAUGACCUAGUUUUGGGUACCUGAAAGUAUUAGCUUCCAAGCACUAAAUGUUUUGGCAUUGGAUGAAUAAAAGCUAACGACUUAACCCCAAGGGGUCCAUUUUGACAAAAUGAAAUACAGCAACGUUUUAUGCAAAAUACGUGCAUCGAGGACUGGCACGGAAGUUAGAAGUUGAAUUUCUUCAAGAUCUAACAGAAUAGUUAUGUUUUACGUUAACAGACUUCAAAUUAUCAUCGACGUCGAAAAUAUGCGAAGAAAUUCGUGGUUGUUGUGAAAAACGAACAAUGUUGAAUAUGACAAAAAUAUCUUCUGUAUUUCUCACAUAUUUAAUAAUUUUGACGGCCAAUUCUUUGCUACUGCCAGUUGCAGGUGGGUAGAUUCAUAUGUCUCUAAAUACAAAUAAUUUCAUGCUUUUUAUAAGACAGUAGAAGAUUUUUAAUUUUUUUCUCCAACUCAUUACUCAGUUAACUAGAGUACCAUGUUUUGUUAUUUCGUACAGUACUUCUAACUAAUCGAUUGGAACGAGUUAAUGCGUUUACCUAAUACCGCGCGAGAUUUUCCUUUUUUUGUAAAAAAGGAAAAAACUUAUUAUCAGUCUGCUAAAUAAAGUACAUGCUUAACCCUGGAUAGAAGAACGCAAAGUUAAAUAUUUAGAACAAUCUACAGAAAAGAUAACUUUGAUAAAUUGUUACUUAUUCUUAAUAAGCCAGUGUGUAAACAGGUGUAUUAUUGGUCGAACAAAAGAAUGGAAGGGAAACUAACCAAGAAUGAGGUUUGUGUAAUCAGUCACUCAAAUGAGGUACCAUACCGAAUCAUAUCGGGUGCGGGACAUAUGCAACGGCUUUAUAAGUUACUCCUCGGUAACCAACUGCUGGUCAUAUUCGACGCUGUUUGCACUGUGACACAGAAAUACGAUCAUUUUUUCUUGACAAGAAAAAGCAAGUUCUUCAUCUUAUCGUUGUACUUGUGGCAUAUUUAUUUUUCAAGAAACUUUGCAGAGACUAAUUGUGACCAGCAUUUGGCCUUAUUUUGUAGGGGGCGUUUGAGCAACCAGAGUGAGUUUUGAUUAGUGGAUAUGGUUUCCAUAGGCAACCACUAAGCAUUUACCAGCCUUGAAAUUCACCACUCAUUUCUAUCAUUGCGCAUAAGCAUAUAUUGACAUCCAGUCCUAGCAGUAUGUAAAAUGUUAAUAAUUUGUCACAUAUACCUGGUUUAGGGACCUUAGCUCCCACUAGUCUCCUGUAGCUCAUUGGUAGAGCAUCUAGAAAGUCCUAGUUAGGAGUACCUCGGAUUUUUACUUCCGAGUCACCUGUGUCACUGACUGAAGAAAUACAAACAUUUUUCUAAUCUAUUCACCAGACUUAAAAUUCAGCAUAACUUUUCUACCAACCACUAAACAGUCACACAUACUAUUGGUUACUCAAAAGAUCCCAGAAAUCUUAGCGAACUAAAAGCUGGUGCGCAGUAUUCAAAGUUUCUCCAAACUACAUCUGUAAUGGUGGUGAACUGCAGAAAUAGAAAGCCAGAGUAAGGGUGGUCACAGAGACAGAGGUCUCCAUAAGGCAUGCCAUUAAAACUUCAUGAAAAAAGUUGAUCCACCACUGAGCGUCUUAGCGCACUCUCAAAAGUCUCUCCAAAGCAUCUUCAGUGAUCGUGAAUUGCAGGAAUGGAAGGCGGAACAAAGGGCGAUAACAGAGACAGAGGCCUCCAAAAGUCAUGCCAGUAUAUAGUUCAUGAAAAACGUUGAUCCACCGCAUAAAGAUGUUUGGUAUAUUCCCCUUAAAUUUCCAGUGGGGACUGUUUUUUCUGCGGGGUUUUAUCCAGUAGUAGCACAACCGGUUGAUUUCUGGUACAUAAUGUUAGAAAUACUGACUUAACUUCAAAUCUAAAAGUAGCUCUAUUAUGAGCUUUUUGAGGGGUUAGUGUCAUCAUCAUCAUCAUCAUCAGAUUUAUCACAAGUCAUAACUGGGUUCGAAUUCAAGUCAAGCGAAUUUUUUUAGCAAAAACGUUUUUGAGCGACGCAUGUCGACUAGUAGUGAACUUUUAUCAUUCUUGGACAGUGGUUUGCCCAAAUUUGCGACAAAAUAGUCUCUACAAGAAUAAACAAACUUAGCAGUAGAAAUUUGGUAGCAUCAGGGCAUAUUAUGAGUAAAAAGGCUUCACUUCCGGUUGACGUACGCCAAUCAAAAACGGCUUUUCUUAAGCUACCUAAUCUCAAAUUAAAUACGCUGAUGAUGAGACAACAAUAAAGCGUUUUCACUCACGUGGCCAGCAAGUAUGUAAAAAGCAAUAAAACGGUAGUUUAACUCCCACAGAACUGGUUUGGGACACUAACAUGGACGCCGUUUUGGGAAACCAAUAUGGCGGACGUGACGUCAUGUGAAAACGCUCUAUAAGAAUUGCAUAUGACCUCAAUGUACUUAUGCGCACUGUUAACACUUUAGAUGCAUUCUCCACAGCUUUCCCUGAGAUUGGUGCCAGUUUGGCCUUAGUUGGUCGUCAGCCCAAAUCAACGAGUGGGUGGACGGAAGUGAGUGGGUGGACAGAAUUACAGCCGUCAGACAGUGGUCGCUUUUUGUUCGGGGCCCCACUGGGAACGAAGGCAUCACGGUUCAAGAUACCAAAGUCAGGAAUUUAUUUCGUUUCGUUCAGUAUUCACUUAUUUCAAGCGGACAUCGGAGUGUUUCUAGCGGCUUUGGUCAUAAAUGGGCAGCCUGUGAAGUAUAACAGGGCAAUGAGUGCAACCAGGCAAGGUUACCACGGUGCCGACUUCAGUUUAGUGGUCAGCGGAUUUGUGGACUUGAGGUCAAGUGAUCAGGUCUCCGUGUUUGUUUUCUCGGAAAGGGAUACAGAGUGGAGUGUUGAAGACGGAAGCCAGUUCUGUUUACGUUAUACAGGAGCGAUUGGAACUUUUCCAGCAUUCUCUGCCAUAAAAAGCGCAGGGACGGUUUUAUAUUCCUCUUCUGCUACUUCUUCAUCUUCUUCUUCUUCUUCGUCGCACAUUGUUCGUAACUGGGAAACAAGUGGUACCCCAGGUGUAUUCAUCAGUCUGUCCGGGUUUUCUCCAUCCACCGGAGAAUUCAUCCCUAUCUGCGACGGGAUUUAUUUCCUGGCUGCGAAUAUCCGCGUUGAGGCAAGUCUUGGUAUCUACAGACUGUCUUUAAUUGUAAACGGCAAAACUCAUGGUCCGUUCAUCGAAAUAAGCGUAACAACUCCUAACGAUAUUUUCUCUCUGAGCUAUUAUGGUUCCUUUUACUUUAAAAGAGGAGACAAAAUUGCUCUUAGUAUCAACUCAUCAAUAAUUCACCAGAACAGUGGUUUCUCUGUAAGUUAUAUUGACGCCUAUAAUCGGAGCUCCCUUCAAGGUUUAUCAACAAUUACCCAAACAGCCACUGAAAUUCCAGGAACUGGUUGGAUGGAAUUGACCACGUGGUCAACGCCUUCGAUAUCGCACGUGAUGUUUUACAAUCCAGACGUGUUUAAAAACGGAAGGUUCAGAUGUAGUGAAGGUGGCACAUACUUCGUAGCUGUAAGUAUAUUGCAUUGGCAGUCUGGAGACUGGGCCUCAGUUUUCGGCGAUACGAUUUUGGGACUGUCUGUGCUAUGUGAUUGGUCAAUGAUCCUUAUCUAUAGCCCGGCUCUCAGUAACAGUUUAUCGGCAAAACGAGCCCAAAAAUCUGGAUAGCUUAGUUUUUCCUUCCCCUUACCCCUCUGUACCCUUUCUUUCCCAUUUUCAAUUUGAAAUUUGUUAACGCUUGAACAAUGUUUAAACCCAAUACGGACCGAGUGAUCAAUUUGUCAAAAAAUAUUGACUAAUUCAGAUCAGUGGAAUAUAAAAUGACCAAAAACCAGUUUGUAGGACGCAGAUCAGUUGCUUCUUUACCGGUCAUCAAAGAUUUUCUUAUCCCAUGUUGGGUAUUUCGUCUUUCUCUUUAUGGGUAUCAUCUUAUGGGUUCGAUUCAGCUGCCACUGGACGCAUUGAACAACCACAGACAGACCAUCCCAAACAAAUGGUGGUUUGCCUGUGGGACAACCUCUCGAUGAAAGUUAAUUAUGAGUGAUAUUUCAAAGUAGACCUUUUUAGCUUGUAUGUUUUAUUUUGCAAAUUCAGCUAAGGUGAUGUUCUUAACGCAAUUUGCCUUCUGUCUUGUCAUUAGUUAGGAACGUACAGGCAUGCGGAUAACGCCACUUUUACAAGAAAAAGCUCCCCGGUGGAACAUCACAUGUUCUCCAAUGGGAAAACCACCAAACAUGCAAGCUAAAAAUGUUCAUUUUUCAAACAAUAUUUCCUAUAUUUAGGUUUCCCUCAGGAUUCGGGGCGGUAAAGGAACGUUUGACGUACUGGUGAAAUCCAGUGGUACUUCCCAGUUAAAUGGAAACGCAGGGCUCUUCGCAACGCAGUACAAUCCUGAAUCAUCGGGAGUAUUUUCCUUAUCAGUCUCUGGUCUCUUGGAACUCAGUAAAGGUCAGCAUGUGUUAGUGUUUGUUCACUCCAGUUUUCCUAACAAGUGGUUUAUCGAGCCGGGCAGCGGACAGUCAGUCAUGAAGACACGACAUUAUUGGCCAGCGGCAAAUAGCUAUAUCAGCUCUAAGCAUGCGUUCAAAGGUAAUAUGUGGCAGGAGAUUCCAAAUUGGAGACUAUCAGCCAAAGAAGGCGCCUUCUCGUUCGGAACAAACUUCCGACCAAGUAGCACAAGGUUUACUGUCUCAUCCCCUGGGGUUUAUUUUGUUUCUACUAAUCUUAUCCUUCGGGCUAAAGGUAACUGUAUUUCGGCUGUUAUAGGUGUUGAUGGCAAAGUCAAGGUCGGCAACGGUUUGUUCACAACUCAUGAAUACCCUCCAGACAAUCUGACCCUUAACAUCGCAGGCGCACUGAAUCUUCAACAGGGACAAACUAUAUCAAUUUUUGUCCGAUCGGAGAGAAAUGCUUCAUUUGAAAUACUAAACAGGAGCGGGUUUUCUGUGGUGUUUAUCGGUAAAACAUUUGCCGUUCCUGGCUUUCAUGCUGUGAAAGGCAGUCAGUCGGUCAUAGCAACAACUAACUGGGUUGAAGUCGAUGAAUGGGAAGAUCCUGGAAAUAAAGACAUAGAAACAUUUCAAAAUGGUGAUGGUUUCGACUGCGUCCGCGGUAUUUACACAGCUCCGAUAAGCGGGAUUUACUUCGUGUCAUGCACCCUUGUCACUAAAGAUAUCGAUGUUAGUGUCCCCGGUUCUUACAUUGAGAUGUAUAUUGGGGUGAACGGUCAAGCUUCCCUCACUAAUGGUUUACAGAAUACUCGUUACAUCCAAGGUACGAACCCGCCACGAGGAAAUGAGGUCAUGGCCAUCACAGUUUCCGGGAUGGUACGAUUAAGGCGUGGAGAUUACGCUGUGAUUCGUGCCCGCACGAGUAUGGACUCUGAUUGGAAAGUUGAACACACGAGUGGAUUCUCCAUAUUCUUAGUGAGUCCUUUAGAUAUAACAUAUGGAAAUGUAGGAUUCCUGUCCCGAAAAAGCGAUACCAGGAUAAAAAGCGUAGGCUCUGGAAGUUGGUCUAAGAUUGAAGGAUGGGCGACACAAUCCGACCUCACAAACGGCUUAUUUCUUAAGACGGAUGGUAGCUUUGCAUAUGAAGCGCUUAGUGGGGAUUUGUUAAUAAAUCAUGCGGGAAUUUAUUUCAUAUCAGCCAAUGUAAUUGUAUCCAGUGUUCCUGAGUCUUGUGAAGUGAGUAUUCUUGUAUCUGACAGCAAUGGAGGUAGCCCCGAAGAACUUGUGACCGGCUUUUCAGCUAUUGAACAAAAACCAAAGUCAACCGGCAGACAUACUUUACAGUUGUGUGGUGCUCUGUUUUUAAAAAAGAACAGAAAGAUCCAUGUAGCUGUACGAUCGAACAGUGCUAAGGCUUUCACUGUAUGGGAGGGCAGUGGUUUCUCUGUUGCAAGGCUCAUUUAUCCAAUCGAAGAACCCGGAUUUUAUUCCCGAACAGAUGGUACUGUCCAAGUACCUGAAGAAUCGAACUGGUGGAAAAUAACAGGAUGGGAAACGUCGGGGGAGAGCGGACUUCACAUUGACGGUCACGGGUUUAACUCAAUGAGUGGUGAUUUCAUCGCGCCGUUGUCAGGAAUUUAUCUAGCUUCAGCAGGUGUAUCAUUUGCAGGAGUCUCGCACGCCACAAUUGUCUAUGUGAAAAUUUCCGUGAAUGGCGACAAUACCGCCGACAGUGGGUUGGAAUCGAGCCGUUUGUUCACUCGGCGAGAUUCUCAUGCGGUUGUGACGACCAGUGGGAGCAUGGAACUGAGGCACACUAUGAAGGUUAGCGUGAUGAUCAAAGUGGAUAAUUCCUCUUCGUGGACAAUAAAUGGUAGCUAUUUUACAAUGCGUUACAUUUCUGAAAGGGAAAAAACAGAGGGUAACAUGGCAGACCGUUACAGUGAUGUUAUUUUCAACUCAAGAGGAUGGAAGGAGCUGGUCAGUUGGAAAACCACUGGCGUCAAUGGGCAGUAUCAACUAGGCUCUGUUCACCAAACCACAGAUCGCUUUCGUGUCUCAAAGAAGGGUGUGUAUUUUGUUACUGCUAACGUUAAAUUCCUUGAAACCAAUGGGUUAGUUGCAAUUGCCAUUAUAAUCAACAGUGGAAAUGAUACAGCGGUUGUAGCCAAGAAGUCAUGCGUUGAAAGUGAAUGGUGCGUUAUCAACAUUGCCGCACCUGUUAAAUUAGCAGCAGGCACUUAUGUGUCCGUUUACGCACACUCAAAUGAUGAAGACAGCUGGACGAUAUCAAGCCAAUCUAGCAAGUCCAAUUUGUAUUUGAACCCAGUCCCUCCAACCUCCGUUAUUCAAGGAUUUCUUGCCGGUAUUUCUUUUAACACUUCCGUCGGUGACCGACAAACAUCGCAUUGGUUUCGAGUCAAGAACUGGACUACAACCAAUCAUCCUGGUUAUUUCAAAACAAUUCCUGGAUUUUCUGAUGACAUUUUCGUAGUUAGCAUCACUGGCGUUUACAUUAUAGCUGUGAAUUUGCUUUUACAAUGUACAGCAAAGAGCACUGAGUGGUGAGUGGGAAUUUGCUCAAUCAUUAUUUCCUCUCUUCAAUUCCUUACUUCAGAAACUCUAGGAAGAAUGGGUACAAGCAAUGGGCGCAGUGAUUUCUGGGAUCUUUGGGUGGACAAGCGUUAGUUAUGAUUGGUCGAUGGUAGUUAAGGCAACCAUUAACCAAUCAUAAUUAAGAAACUGCGCCGAAAGCUUGUACCCAAGUUUAUAUGAUACUUUUUCACAUCCAUCUGACCGCAAAAGUAACAACUUUGAGCUCAGCUGUUCCAUAAACAUAAAAGAAAACUCUAAAACGUUCAAACCGAUAGAAUUGCACGUUGUGACGUAGGUUUAACUCUAUGUGCAUGCUACAAAGACACGCGCCCGCGACAUUUUCGGUCAUUGUUUUCAUUUUAAUGAGCUGCGACUGUCCACACUAAUACGAUAUGUAUGCGUUCUCGUUUUGAUCCACUUUCAUGGGCAUUUUCAAUUCAAUGCGGUUUCAACCAAAGCGCUCAGCGUAUCAGUGUGGACAGAAGGCCUAAACGCAUCGAAACUUACGCAUUUUCGAAUGAAAACGCAUUAUUGUGGAGAACUGGGCGCAAAAAACGCGAAUCUUAUCUUUUCUGAACUAAGCAUUGUAACAUAUUGUUGUUUCCGUAGUGACUUUGAGCUGUUAGUUAUGCUUAAUGGGAGACUGUCGCCAAGUUCUGGGUUGUAUUCACGUCAGACUGUUCUUCCGCUGAGUAUCGACACACUAAACGUAAUGAGCGUUGUACACUUGAACAAAUGGGAUUCCCUCGCAGUGGCUGUUCGGUCAGAUAAUCCCUUUCAACUUCUGGAGGACAGCACAUUCUCUGUGACAAUGCAUGGUAGGUUUACCGAAUCAAGGGAAAAAAUUCAUCUAAAACGUUUUAUUCCCGAGGGGAGGGAGUACUUUCUUAUAAAAGCCAUAGAGAUAUAUGCCGCCCCUUUGGAAUCCGGGGAAUGGUUUUCGAGGGAACUUCCGGAGUGUAUGAACGUACUUGUCGUUUCAAUUCCAAAUGAAUAAGCAACAAAAAGCAAUAUACCAAUUUAAGUAAUGAUGACAUAACUUUUGUCUAUGUAAACAUGAAUGUUGCCUCUGUGACCCAUGCCAUACAAACCGUACAGGCCAGGUCUGAAAACUGGUGUAGAGAAUGACACACCCUCAACAAGAAUUUCCGAAGUAUCCCCGGGUUUUCAUUGGCAACAAAAGUACUGUUUGUGAUAAACUACAGUGACCUUAAUUUUGCAUGUUACCUUUCUGGUACACGAGCGAUAGUGAGGUCAAUACAUCAAGGCUGUAAUGACCGAACGGACGAAGUUAAUAAGUGAUUUAUUAUACGGACCUGAGCCUGCGAUCAAUUAAAACCAGAACUGAUCAGCGGAUAACGUCACCACAAUGAAUUGUACUCUUGAGCCCGCGAUACAUUCAUGUGACACAGGUCAGCGGAUACGCUUUUUGACAGCUGUCAAUUGAAAAUAACGAGGAUGUCCACUAUCAAGUUAAAUACAGAUUGUAUAUGCCUUGGACACCAACAGUAACCUUAAUAUUGCUUGUUAUCCAGUUUGUGGUACACAUUGCUUGCAGCGAAUUGAAUCACUGUGUCCUUUGCUUUACUUUAGCUUCUGCUGGGGGUCCAUUUCUGUGCACAAAUAAUGGACCUGCGCUCGUCUCAGGUCUGAUACCUGAUUUUCUACGUACGAGAGUUGGUAAUUCACUCACGUGGUCAUGUGAAGCUGUCGGUCAAACUCCACCGGAAUACCGCUGGUUAAAAAACUUUAAGGUGAGUGAGAAUUUCUUCGCGAAUGAUUCUCGGGAGCCAUUUGGGAAAUUUAGUACUUUUGUAAGAGCAAAGCCCGGGCUUGUUGAUAUAUUUUUUAUGAUUAAACUAAUGGAUUUUCCGUUUUCUGAUUUCUUUUCUUUUUCCAGCAGAGUUUGUCCAAUGUAACUAUUAACUCCCUGUCCAUCAUCAAUGCGACGGUGCAAGACAGCGGUGACUACGCAUGCGUCGCAGAGAUAGCUGGAGUGUCUGUUAGUUCAAAUGUUGCGCGCCUUACUGUGUAUGGUGGGUAUAUACAAGACGAUUGCCGAGAUGUAAACGAACACGUACCUCAUAGAAAGUUAUGCAAUACAGUAUAGUAAAUACAAAAAAACAUGGUGCGCUUUGCCUGCUAUUUUGUUUUACCACACUUUAAGCAUACACAGUGCAAAAUGGAAUCUAUUAGUUAAGGGUUACAUCGUACACUAGAACCUAGUUGCGGCUUGUCCAUUUUUUCUUUAUUUGUACUUGUACAAAUAGCAGACAUUUAUGCAUUUUGAAGACAUCUUUCAUCAAUAUCAUCUAAAGCUUUAAGGAAGGGGAAAUGCUAUAGUCCACGCUGGGAUCAGUUAUUAUCUGUCUUUUCAGUGACAAUAUGAAACUAAGAUUGUAACAAAAGAGGUCUUUUAUUGUAUACAUUUUCGAAAACAUUUCUGCAAAACCACCUUUAGUGCUAGAUUAAAUUUUAUGUCCGACUUUUCAAUAUUCAUAAAGAUAGCACUGAGAUAAAAACCUUUUCCAUGUUUGAUUUUUUUGUAUAAGUAAAUAAACAUUUUGCAUCUUUGGCUUCAUUUUCGCAUUAAUUGAAGUUUUAAAAAAGUGUCAAAAUGUUCGUGAUAUCACUAUCACUAUCUAAUCGUCCUUAGGUUAGGGGGAGAGGGGUGCGUGCCAUUCGAGGGCUGUAAGUUUAAAUGCCCGAUGUUAUCCAAGUUACCUUCUCUCUUUCUCCGGAAGUCGCCUUGGCAAAUUGGAUGAAUCAGAAUUCAGGCAAUGGCUUUGUUGCUUGUCACUCAAUUAUAUACUACUUGUUAACCUCGCCCGUUGGUUCAUACCUGGGAAAUCUUAGACCUCGGCCUCUAUGUAUUGAUAUCGCUAUUGCUUGGUCAAUACAUCAAGGCCGAGGUCUAAGAUUUCCCUGGUAUGAACAAACGGGCGAGGUUAAUAAAUUGUUUAUUAUAUGGCCUUUCCAUUGUGGACCUGAGCCUAAGAUCAAUUAAAACCAUCAACUGGUAAGCCGAUAACUUAAAAAAAAAACAGGUCACCUCAAUGAGAAGUAUGUUUGAGCCCGCGUUUCAAUCAGGUGACAAUGGUCAGCGGAUAUCCUUUUUGACAGCUGUCAAUUGACUACUACAGAAAAUACCAUAACAUACCAUAAUGCUCUUUGUUUGUUCUCAAGAGAAACUGAAGACAAUGCUUAUGCAAAAUUUUGGGGUGACAAACAAAGAGCAUUAUGGUAUUUUAUGGUACUUUCUGUAGUGGUCAAUUGACCGUAACAUGGACGUCCUAAGCAUGUCUACUAUCAAGUUAAACACAAAUUGUAUCAACCUCGUUCCCAGGGUUCCCUCCUACCCGUCCCUACGGAGCGAGAGAGGUAGGAGAGAGAACCUGGGAACGAGGUCGGAAUUGUAUAUGCCUUGGACACCUAGCUAGUAAUGCUUGGUCAUUACAAGAAAACAGCCAAUCAGAGCGCGUAUUAUAUUAUAACGAUAUAAUGAAAGAAAAUGAUGCCCGCUUAGCAGCCAAUCUGACCGCGCGUUCUAUUGUAGCCGUAUAAUAGCACUGUAAUAAUGUGAGAUCUAAAGAUAUUUAUGGUCGGCUAUGUUGUAUUCAUUUUCAGAUCCUCGACCUGCGUUUGAAUCUCUUCACUACACAGUGGCUGUAAAAGAAAACGGUCCUGCUCCACAACUGAUACUUAACGUUACAGUAAAGGCAGAGAGCAAGGAGAAAACUCAUGCAGACAUGGUUUUAAAGAUUAUUUCAGGUUUGUUUCAUCAGCUGUCAGAAUCCAUGUGACCUUAAAGAAGGAAGUCUAGUUCGAUCAAAGGAUCGAAACAUGCAUGCUGUAUCAUAGGCAGCCCAAGUUCAGUAUGGCUGGGAGUUUAAUCUUUAAUAGGUGUGGUAUCAUAUUGUGUAAUCCUCAAUCCGGGAAUAUAAAGAAUUUGGGAUCCUUCCCCUACUUCUCCUUACCGGCAAAGUGUUGAUUGGGAGGCGAUUCCCAGAAUUAUGUACUGAUAACAACUGAUAUGAUUGCAGGGAACAUCAACAACUCCUUUGUCGUGCAACCCAACAUCUCCUUACGUUCUUUCGGGAUUUUCACUACUCGGCCAUUGGAUAGAGAAGACAUAUCGGAAUAUCAUUUACUGAUAACAGCAACAAACACAGACGAGGCUGCGCUUAGCUCUGUGACCAAUGUCAACAUCUUCGUCGAAGAUCUAAACGACAACCAUCCGCACUUUGACAAGAAAAUCUUUGAGGCCAGCAUCCUGGAGAAUGCAACGUUGGGUCACGUGGUGUUGAUACUCAGUGCCCAGGAUGGAGACCUGGGGCAGAAUGCUGACAUUAGUUACUCGGUACAUUUAGGGUCUGGGGUGGACACAUUUAGCUUAAACAAGACAUCGGGUAAGUGAUGCAUUGGUUAUAUAAAUAUAUUUAGCCAAGGCCAAUAGUGAAGAUCUCGCGAGAUCUUUUAAGAAUUAUCUUUUUGCAGUAAUUCAACUUUUGCCUUUAGCAAGAAGCAAACUGAAUUUCUCCUAAAAAAUGGGCCUGAGCAUGCGAUACAUUGAAAACCAAUAACUGGCCAACGGAGAACUUUAAAAGACACGUGACCUCUUUAUGGGUUGUAAACCUGAGCUCGCAAUACAGUCAUGUGGCACUGGUCAGCGAACAGUGCGGGCUAGAAAGUGUGAAAUCUCACAUCCGCUAACACUAGGGGGCAGACGAACGUACGGAUGGACGAUUCUGUCACUACCAAAAUUUCUUGAGUGCAUAGAUAACCAAAUUCAAGAGAUUAUCAUUCUCUUGCCAAAUUUUAUUACUCAUGGUGCUCCGCUGCGCUUGCUUCACGCGCGCGAGAGCUCCUCUAUCAACUCAAACAAGCGCCACCAUAGCAGAAUUUUCGUUAACUUUUGCUCUUUUUAAAAGAAAAUGACCGUUAUUUUCUUCUCCGAACCGACCACUGGCAGGCUGAAGGGUUAAAACAAAGCGCUCGUGUCACGUUGAGAAGGAGAAAAAGAAAGAAAAAGAACUUUUCCCUCUUUCCAUAUUGCCUCUCGCGCUCAAUAUUACUGAUUUUAUGACAUUCUCUUUGGAAAUACCAGGGGAAGCCUAUGAGGUGAAUUCGAAGAGAGCUACUGUAGCGCUUAGCAAUCAAACUUAGUGAUCAAUAACUCACUUACAAAUUCCUCCUUAACGUUCAAAAGGGGUUUAAAUUUAAUAGGUUUGCGCGUUUUUCUCUUAAGGACUGUUUAUAUCACAUUAAUAUUUGUUGAUUGAGAUAUUAACGAUUAAGGCUUUUUAAAACCCUUACGGUUCCUCAGUGUGAACAGACAUACUACGUUUCCAUGCCAAUCAUCUCUUGACAAGACUGAAAGUUGGCAGUAAUUUUCACUCCAUCUGUCACUGGGAUAAUAUAAUAAUAUGAGAUAAUAAUAAUAAUAAUAAUAAUAAUAAUAAUAUGAUGGGAUAAUAAUAAUAAUGGGAUGAUAUGUUAUGUAAGCUAAGAUAUUAAAAAUUACAAGAGAGCUUUUAAAUCAAAAUAUAUCAGUAUGGCACGCAUUUCCUCUCAUUCCCUAUUAGGUGAAAUAACUCUGAAGAAACCACUUGACCGCGAAACUCAACCAAGCUACUCACUUUUUAUUGCCGCCCGCGAUCCUGACUUUUCUGCGUACGUCGAAGUUAUCAUAACAGUGCUUGAUGUAAAUGAGCACAAACCGGUUUUUACGCCUUCAAAGUACAACGUGACAGUUUCCGAGGCAGUAGGGAAGGGCACCUCCGUGCUUAAGCUUACUGCAACGGACAAAGACGCUGGAACGAACAGUGAGUUUGUGUUCUCCAUUGUGAGUGGCGAUUCUCGUUCAUUAUUUGCUGUAGACAAUGAUGGAAUCAUCACAGUUGCGAGAAGUCUUGAUCAUGAAAAGGAAUCAACACACAACAUAACAAUAACAGCUCACGACAAAGGGCAAAAUCCAUUAUUUGCGGAGCAACCAGCAAACGUCUUUAUUUUUAUAAGUGAUUUAAACGACAAUUCGCCAACAUUUGAAAUCUCAUUAUACGAAGAAACCUUAUCAGAGAGCACGCCACCUGGAACGUCAGUUCUGCGCGUACGUGCUUCAGACAUCGAUCGAACUAACAACGGAAUGGUUUUCUGGAUAGUAAAGGAAAAUUUAGAAUCAGAUUUUAAGGUGAAUUCGUCGUCAGGAGUAAUUUAUGUGACGAAAUCCCUGGAUUUCGAAAGAACAAAACUUUAUCGAUUUCAAGUUGCAGUGAGAGAAGAGAAGAUGGAAUCUCCUACCGAUUUUACCACCGUUGUUAUCUCAAUUUACGACGAAAAUGACAACUCACCAUUUUUUCAUCCUACGUACUAUAACAUUUCAGUCUCAGAAGCUACGCCCGCUACAACAGAACUCCUUCGACUUCACGCAAGUGAUAAGGACAGCACGACGAACGCAGCACUUUGUUACUUCAUAGAAUCGGGAGACGAAGAGUCUCAUUUUUUCUUAGAUGAGUCCAAGGGAUUUCUUUCCCUAACCAGGAAACUCGACCAUGAGAAUGUGUCAAGCUAUCGCUUAAUAAUUAACGUAACCGAUAAAGGAAAACCACCACGUACAGCUGAGGUGCCCGCUACAGUCAAUAUUGAAGUCUACGAUGAGAACGACAACGUACCUCGGUUUGAUUACGAGACUUACUCUGUGUCAGUCAACGAGAAUAUUACAUCCGGGACCUAUAUAUGUACAGUGCAUGCGCACGACAAGGACUCUCUUUGGAAUCACGAGGUGACGUAUGCCAUGGCCAGUUAUAGCGAACCAAACACCAAGGGAAAAUUUGAUGUGAAUAGAAAAACUGGAGAAAUAUUUACGACGGGAGAUCUCGAUAGAGAGGAACAACAGGUGCGUUGUACGUGUAGUUGCAGAUGUAGAAAUAACUUAGUAAACCUUUUUUUCACACUUGUAACUAGACCAGGUUGAUUCUGAAAAUUGGGCAUCAUGAAAGUUUGAGGAGUAAGUGAAAGAACAAUAAGGUUCUACACCCUUUAAAUGGCUACAUAAAGUCUACUAAUCGGUGAGUUCAGGGAUAAGAUUAAUUUGGUAAGAUUGCUUUUCAGAUUAUCUGAUCAACACGGUUGAUACUAGAUUUUAUAUUUUUCAUAUCACACCAUGAAGUUUCCAUAACCCUUAAGUGAUAAAAAUAACCAGCAUUAAAUGACUUCUAAUAAUAUUAAUAAUAAAAAUAAUAGUAAUAAUAAUAAUAAUGAUGAUGAUGAUGAUGAUUCAUACAGCUCCAAAAACCAUCCUAAAGGACCACUUCUCAUUUUAAAGGUUUAUGAGUUUACGGUUGUCGCAAGGGAUGGCGGAAAGGUGCCCUUUGAAGGCCACGCAAAAGUGAUUGUAACCUUGAUUGACGUAAAUGACAAUGCCCCUGUUUUUAAGCAAGGAGAUUAUCAGGUAUUUAACUGUAUUAAUGUACUACGUGCUAAUGCAGAAGAACACUAAUGAUCGAGCUUGCAAGAAACACAGACAUAAAACACAAACAGCGCUGAUAAACAUUGUGAAAUUUCGAAUGCUAGUCAACAUAUGUCAAGUUUAACAUAAAAUGCGAAAGCUCACAAUGUUUAUCAUCGCGGUUUGUGUUUUAUUUCUGAUUAAACCACGAUUAGCCAAGAACAAAAGUCUUUAUAAAAAACACAGAAAUUCAGUAACAAAAGCAUGACAGUGGUACAUCAAAGGCUGUUGAGAUGUAUUACUGUACCGUCGGUUUUCAAAUGAAUCCUCCUCAAUAUCAUUAAGAACAUUAAGACCAAAAACGAUAGCCUAUGUCAUUUCGAAGAGUAGACGAUUUCUUGAUACGUAGUCCAGUAGAAAAUAUCUAACAUACAUUUUUAGUUUAGUUGGAAUAUUCCCGUGCCUUCGUGAUAUUCCUCGAUCCAGUAGAUAAUUAUGUCAGAUUUAUGUUAUUCGAUUUAAAGUAGUAGCUUUUCCCACCAGUCUCUUUCAUAAACCUUCAGUCCUUUAAGUGUCCAAAGUAAAAAUUAAAGAAAAAAAUCCAAUUUUCUUUUGUAAAAUGGAAACAUUAAUAAGGUGUAAAAAAGAGGUUUCACUUGAACGUUAAAACAAAAUAGGAUUUCAUCCAGAGAGUCAAAAGUCAAAAGUUACAAUGGCGUAUCAUUUCACUUUAGUAGCUCAGUCUAAAGGUGAACAGGUUAACAACUUCUACUACAUAAUGCAGCUUUGUACUUUUACAUUUUACAGUCAUCGAUACAACUUGCAGCGGACGCUGCAGUCAACUCAGCCGUUAUAACGCUGACCGCUGUUGACAAGGAUAGUGGGCUCAGAGGGAAAGUCGCAUACGCUGUGCUGGAUAUCGUUGGCUCAAUUUUAUCCCAGCAUGAUGAAGCGCUGCACUGUACCGGCAACUUAAACGGUAGUUUUAAGAUAGAUCAUUAUACUGGAACGUUGAGAGUUGCUAGAUCAUUGGCAGCGCGUUGUCUCUAUAACGUGACAGUUCGCGCAAUGGAUCAUGGGAUUCCUCCACUAUUUAGUGUUAUUUCUGCACAGAUUGAAACUGGAAGAAGAGAUACCGGUGAACUCAGGGCACCCACUACCAUUUCAGUUGUAUCAAAAGAAGGUUCGUGUAGAUAUAUUCUUAUCUUAUUUACAGGAAAUUAACGCGAAUUUAAAAAAUUCGUGUUAAUUUCCGCGACCAUAAUUUCCAUUAUUUCGGCUCCAAAUUUUCGAUACACCUUUGGCAUUCUUGACACUUAAGAGGGAAGAGUAUUUUCAUCGGAGUGGAGAUUCGCCAGUAACAGUGAAACUGUGAAGACCCCUCGGAGUAGCCAGCUUUCUUCGCUUAAUCCCCUUCGUACGUUUAGGGAAAGCACCACAAACGAAGCUUCCAUUUCGGAUUAUACGUUUAACUUUGCCCCUAUGUUUUUAACAAGUUUUGUUCUUUGUGAAGCCUCGUUAAUUUCCUUCAUUUUGAAAUGUUACCCCCUCUUUUGCGUUAAUUUCCUUUAUUCGAAAUUCGUUUUCCAUUAAAUUCGCGUUGAUUAAAGUCGCGGUCAUAGAACAUUAAUUUCCUAUAAUGAAGUAGACGUCGCUCGGUCGGCCGCUUCGCGGCCUAAAAAGGCUCGCUCCGCUCGCCAAGAGGUCGACUUGAAGCAAGUCUAAUAAUGAAGUAUCUGUCUUCAGUUUUAAAAGCAGCGCCUACAGACACAGAUCAUAGGAGGCCACUUGGCUAUUCCCAGGCCUUCUCGGUCAAUACAUUUCGGUGACGUAUACGAAAUGAACGGUGCUUGGACCACGUGACCCGAAACACAUAGUCCAGGUGGAAUAAUCAAACCUAGGGACUAGGCAAGAAGGGCCACCAAUGUUGUAGCUCUACUACUGAUGAUUGGCCGCCAACGUGGUAGCUCUAUUGAUGACUGGCUGCACUACUUUCGCUUUGUAAAUCCAUUUACGGAUUUUUUCCAGCUUCCAGCUUUCCUUCCAUGCUUCCAUGCUAAACAAAGCUUGGUCCUGAGCGUAUAAAUCACCCAUUAGUUUUAAUUUAUUUUCCCUCUACAGAUCAGACCAAGGUCAUCGUUAUUGUGUGCGUGUUUGUUUUGAUUAUCGCAGUUAUUGUUGCUUUGGUAAUAUGGAGAGAGGGAAUGUAAGUUAAGCUAUCUUUUUAACUUCCAAUAUUAUAGUAGAUUGCUAUGAGUAUCGGAUAAAAAGAGAGACUAAGUCCCAAGUCCCAAGUAUAAUACCAACAUUUAACAAGUAUUCUUUCAAAUCGAGGUGAAUAGUGUCCGAAAUAUAUCUGACCCGGGUAGACUGCGAACAGGCCGGGAGGCAGCGAGGUAAAUAUUCCUAAAGCCACUUUUCACCGAUCAGAUUGCUUAAAUAACCAAGAUUACUGAGUGUGUGUAUACUAAAUUGAAUUUAUACAUAUUUAUUUGUUUCGAGCGUGUUGAAAGGUCUGCAGUGAGGCCCUCGGAGAGAGGUUGCCAAACCGUGCGGUCUUUAAGGAAUAGAAAAGAUUAAGAAACAGACUACAGAAACCCUGCGUGGAGAAGCCUGGGUAUAACAAACAGAGCGGACGGAUCUUUCUUCGGAAAUUUUCGGUCCCCGUUGAGCAUUUUAAAUAAACAAUGUCGGUAGUUUCUUGGCGUUUCUGUGGGUGCCAUCGCAAAAUGACUUAUUACAAAAGUUUGAAACUGAAACACAUAACAAAAGCGAAACAACAAAGUUUUCCCAACUCCAAGAAACACCCAAACAAUCCAAACUGAGGACGUCUCGUCCUUUUUCCUUCGUUUUUGUUCUUGUCCUUAUUUUUCUCCCCUGUUUUUUCAUCUUUUCUGCGUAAAUUCCUUGAAGAAUGCUGCCAUUACAAAACAAGCCGUUUUUGGACAAGAAGGGAAACCAUACGUUACAAGAACUAGAGCAAUGAAAGAAUUUAUUUUUUUCGUCUUUUUAGGCGCUACAUGCGGAAGAGAAAAGUAAUAGUGAGACGGUAAGUUAAUACAAAUUUAGUUAAGUUGAACUAAUAAAGGGCUGGGUAUCAGCUGGGGAACAAGGGGGGCGCAGUGGUGAGAGCUCUCGCCACCCACCAGUGUCGCCCGGGUUCAUGUCAAGGCAUAGAUGCCAUAUGUGGGUUGAAUUAGUUGUAGGUUCUCUCCUUUGCUUAGAGAGGUUUUUCUGUGGGUACUCCGCGGUUUUUCCCCCGUUUUCAAAAACAAAUACCUCCAAAUUCCAAUUCGAUCAGGAACGCACGGACACGUUUUAACGAGCUCUGAAGAACUCCCAAGUGCUUUGUGGUGAAAAAAUAACAGAAAAUCUCAGUUAAAAUUACUGUCUUUAUCAUUUUUUCCCAGGUCCAUAAGAAGAAACACAAAAAGCGCUGAAGACAGCUCCUCUUCAGAUGAUCGCGAAACAGUGCGCUUCACAAAAUAUCCCGCGGAUCAAGACAGCUUGUAUCUUGAUCACUGCUCUACUAUGACAGAGAUGGCCAGCUCACUACUGAACCAACGCUCUCUGUGCUCAUCUGGAAUGGAAACAGACCUCUUGGAAACGUUCACGGUGCCUUAUGAUGAGAAAGAAGGUUACACAGUUGUAGAUGGGGACACUGAGAGUUUUUGCGUCAGUAUUGACUUCGGCUUGGAAUCAGACGAUCCAUUUGUUUUUCCCACCUUUGACGAGGCGGCCCGUAAGAAGAGCACGCGCACUCAGCGAGGAAAAUCCCGUUCUUUGGUCUCGUCGUGUGGCUCAAAACGCUCUCGGGCGUCCCUACCCGCGAAAUUUGGAUCCCGCAACUACUCGAAAGGAAAUGGUGUUCGCGACGUUAUAUCAGAUACCCGUUUGUGA